CGCCGCCAUGGCCAGUCGUCCGAGUUUUGACUUGGAACGUCGAUCGUGUGGGUCUAAACACAACCAAACUAAUAUUAAUUACUAGGCCUACUGUUGGUCGUUCCCCAAUAAAUGAUUGUCUGAUGGAUGCAAAUACAAAUAAAACAGCUCAGAAGAGAAAACGAGAUGAAGAGGAGAGUACAACUAAAUAUGCAGUGAAAGAAGGCAUGUCAUGGUGGAGCUGUUUGCAGCUUGACAUGUCAUACGAAAAUACUAAACCAAGGCUUGUACCCGUCCAGCCGGGUCAGCAAAAUCAGAAGUAAACAAUGUCGUGUUCAUUCAUUUUACGGUUAACAAAACAGUAGGAAGUUAUCGGCCUACCUAAAUUUGGAUCAAUAUUGCCUAUUUUUUAUGCAGCUAUUUUCUGUCAAAAUAACAUGUAAACUGUUUUAUACUGUAUUCAGAUUUUAUAUAACAUACUGUAAAUAAUAGAUUGAAUUUGAACUUAUUUCUAUGGAUUCAUCAAUUUACCUGGAGGGAGAUAUUACUGUUUGUGAGGAUUGUCAAGUUGAAAAACCAUCUGAACCCCUUCAAAGUGAUUGUUGCGGAACUGGCUGCACUCCGUGUGUAUUUGAUCUUUAUGAAGAAGAUUUGCGAAACUGGAGAAAACACUGCUUUGAUAAUCACCAAGGAGGAAACCUUGGCAGCACAGUGAGCGAUGUGUUGCCUGUCCUGACCCCUUCAGCUUUUACCAAAUUUGAACUUGUAAAGAUCACAGCCUUAUCGGAGGAUACAAACUUGUAUAGAUUCAAAAUCCCAGACUGCAGAAGCUUGGGCCUCUCUGUAGGACGACAUAUUGUUCUAAGAGGGAAGCAUGAGGGACGAAACAUCACCAGGCAAUACACACCAGUCAGCCCUCUACUUUCAAGAGGCUUCUUUGAUGUUUUCAUAAAGAUUUAUCCAAAUGGUCCAAUGUCACAAUAUAUAAAGCGCUGGGAGGUUGGGCAAUUGAUGGAAUGGCGUGGCCCGUAUGGGCAUUUCACCUACACUCUUAACAAGUACAAACAUUUAGUUCUACUAGCUGCAGGAACUGGACUAGCCCCAAUGCUGCAAGUUAUUCAGCACAUAGUGAACAAUGAUGAAGAAGACACAACUGUUCAACUGAUUUAUGCUAGUAAAAUGUACAAGGAUGUACUCAUGAAGUCAAUGCUAGAUGAAUUAGGGUCUUACUGGAAUGUCACCAUCAUAUAUGUGUUAAGCAAGGAUAGCAAGGAGAAUGUGAAAGCCAGAUAUGGUGAUCAGAUUCGCUACACACGUCUCACUAAGUCCAUUCUUGAAAAAGAACUUACAUUUGACCUGUCUGAAACCUAUUUUGUAGUAUGUGGAACCAAAUCCUUUGAUAAGGACAUGAUUAAAUACCUUAAACAGCUUGGUAUUAAUGAUGAGAUGUAUUUCAAGUUUUAGAAUUACAUGAAAAUCAAGUGAAGUUUUCUAGCGCAUAUGAAAGAUAUACAGUUUGUAGUGAAGUC